AUGAUCAUUUAAAAAAGUGAUUAAAAAAAUUAGGUAAGGCACUUGGAAAGGGAACCUUUGGCUAGGUUAAGUAAGGUAGCAGUAAAAAUCCUCGAAAAAGACAAGAUCAAAGAUAAAAAAGAUGUUGAAAGAAUCACAAGGGAAAUCAAAAUCUUAAAAAAAGUUAGACACCCUUGCGUAAUUCAGUUAUAUGAAAUUAUCGAAACUGAUAAAGAACUAUUCAUGGUAAUGGAGUAUUCGAGUGGAGGUGAACUCUUCGAAUAUAUUGUUCAGCACUAACGAUUAUCAGAGAAAUAAGCGUGCAAAUUCUAUCAAGAACUCAUAUCUGGUAUCGAAUAUCUGCAUAAAAGUGGCGUUUGCCAUAGAGAUUUAAAGCCCGAAAAUUUGCUACUUGAUUUUGAUAAAACUCUCAAGAUUGUUGAUUUUGGUCUUAGUAAUCUUUAUGAAAGGGCAGAGACUUUAAAAACAGCUUGUGGAUCUCCCUGUUACGCUGCCCCUGAAAUGAUUGCAGGAAAGAGAUACAAUGGACUUCAGACAGAUAUUUGGAGUUCCGGAGUAGUUCUUUUCGCAAUGGUAUGCGGUUAUUUACCUUUUGAAGAUCCUAAAACAUCAAACUUAUAUAAGAAAAUCCUGAACGCUGAUUAUUAAAUACCUAAGUUCGUUAGUAAUGAUGGAAGAGAUUUGAUUACUAAAAUCUUAAACACAGAUCCAGAAGAGAGAUUCACUAUUGCUGAUAUAAGGGCUCAUCCAUGGUUUAAGUAAAUUUAAAGAGUAGAUAAGGAUAAUGUCGGCUUAUUCCCAGGGUUAAAAAAGAUGCCUAUAGAUGAUAAUUUAUUAGAACAGAUACUAGUCGAAUAUGGAUUCGAAAAAGAUUAUUCGGUAAAAUGCUUAGAAGCUAAUCGUCACAAUCAUAUUACUGCAACCUAUCAUCUCAUCCAAAAAAGAAAUAAAAGGACUUAAGCCCUCAGAGAAACUAUAGCACCUAUUCUGAACUAGAGCUCUGCGACUAGCACUAAUCUCGUGGAUUUAAAACAAUAAUUAAGAACAAGCUAAUAAUAGCACCAAAAGAAGCCCAUUACUAAUCUAAAUUAAACGAUGCCGAUUGCAACUAAUCCUAAAAUCAAUAAUAUGAUAGACAACUCGAUGGCUGCUGAUUCCAUUCCUAAGCAUUAGAGAGAUAUGUCAGUAGAGGAUGCACCUCAUUCUAGAUUGAGUGAAUUGAACCGAAAUAACUAAGUUCAAGUUGCCCCAAGCAAUUUGACUAAUGGUACUAAUGAAAGGUAGGAAAUAAUAGCAUCUCGAAUAAACUCAAACACAUCAAAAUCCCCAGACAAGUAUAUGAUAGGAAAUUCCCUAGUUGUUACCCUUAACGAUUCGAAUGUUACUAAUAAUAGCUAUGUUUAGUAGAAUAGCCAAAAGAAGUCAUUCUAGAAUUAGUUUAGAGCAACAAGCAAGAACCAAUAGUCAAUAUUCCCUUCAACGACUACAGCAACAACUGCUAAUUCUUAUUCAGAUUAAAGAAAAAGUGAAAAUUCACAGCAGAGGAAAGGUAACAAUUAUGAACCUCUUAUCCAAGGACCACCUUCAUUGCAUCAGAGAUUCAAAUCUAUGAAUUAAGCACCACAAACAACAUCUAUCCAGUAAUAACAACAAUUAUAAUAACAAUCAAUAUAAUAAAAUCAGAAUUCGUCAUUGUAUUAGGCAUAAAACCCUUUAAAACUAAACUUACCUUUAAGAUAUCUUAAAAAUAAUCCUCAAGUUCUAGUUGGCACUAAAAAAUAACAGCUAGGUAAUCAAACAGUAAACAACUGGCAAUAACUUGAUAUGAACAAGACUACCACUUUUAAUUUCUAGACAAUCGGUACAUCUAAAAAUAAUUAGCGAACAGCUACAAUUCAAUAGAAUGGAUAAACAGAUGGAUCAUUUUAAGGAUCUAAGAAGAUCAGGAUUCCUCCUCAACUAUUCUAAGGAGCAACAAAAAUGAAUCAAACUGUAACAUAUGCUCAAGAAAAUUCCACUAUUAUGCCAAACUCUAAAAGAGGUAAGACUUCAUCUCGUGAUACUAGUCCAGAAAACAGGAGAUCAGAUUAAUACACUAUCUAGGGUAGAGGCAUUACACCAAAUAAUGAGUAUUAGACUAAUGCUAAUGGGUCUUUGAACAACAAAAUAUUUAGAUAAAACUACAAGAACUCGACUGCACCGAGCAAUCCAUAUACCUCAAAUUAACCAUUCACUCCAGUUGGUAUGGUGACACCUCUUCCAGAGGCAAAUAAUAGGACCAAUACAGCUCUUGGAUAUAAGCAGACUAAUCCGAAUGGAGGAAUUAUGAAUAACUCAAUGAUAGUGAGCACUUAAAUGGGAGAACUCUAAGCAGCCCAAAUUAUUGGAAGAAGCAGACAUUCAGACAGAAGAGAAUCGAACUCAUAGUAAAACUAACCUAGUGUCGGAAAUUAGAAGAGACCUUAACUCAACAUUGAUUAUCAAUCAAUCUUUAACAGUGCUCACCACAGAGGUGGUUCUUCUGUGAACGGAGCAAAUAAUCUUAACAUAACUGAGCUUUAUGGGCACUAUCAGAGUACAAAGGCUAACAAGAACUAAAACUAGAUGGCCACUGGCUAAUUAUUUAUACCUUAGUCAAUGAAAAUGGAUGCACAACAAAAGAAACAAGCAGAUAAUUAAUAAGUAAGAUCUCAAUCAGUUACAGUGCAAUGA